AUGGAGAGGGUGCAACGUAUCGGAGCACGGGCUGUAGUACUGGCCUCGAAGGCUACAGCUCUGAAAGCAGCCCAAGCAGAAGCGGGCUUCGAGGAUACGAGCACCCGGCUACAAAGGAAGGUCGCAAACCAUCUCGUCCGGAGCCUUACCAUCCCGGAAACAAACCCACUGUUCGACAGUCUCACGAGGCUAUACACGCAGGGCAAGAGUUACCCAUCUUCACUGUCCAUCACGGCUAAGAAGUUUGGCCCUACCAUCGGGCUUACAGUAGAUAGUCUGAUGGAGACAGUAGAGCCGGUUCUCCAGGAACGAUAG